AUGUUGAAAGAAAAGGCAGUUGCCGAUGUUUUGGAUCAGGUUCGUUCAAACGGUAUUGAAGGUGCAUUCCUUAUUGAUCGUGAAGGUCUUCUUUUGGCAAAAAGCACGUAUGAUGAAGGACCAGAUGGCUCUGGUGACCCCAGUAUUUCAGCUGCUCUGAUUUCUUACACAUGGGAUACAUUUGAAAGACAAGAAGUAUUGGAAGGACUUAAUGAACUUACCAUCGAGUUUGAAAAAGGGACUUUUGUGGUGAAAAGGAUUGCUAACAUGCUGCUUGUGCUGAAAGCCUCAGCAGAAGCUCCUUUAGGAGCUGUUCAUCAAAAGAAGAAAGCUUUGGUUGAUUACCUUCGAACUCCGCUUUCUGUUGUUUCUAAUUUGCAAAUACAGUCUGAUAUUGCUGGUUGA